UUGUCUUUGCGGACGUGAAUCACGUGAUCUUUACUCUUCCCUUCAUCGCGUAUCUAUGGGAAAGUGACGUACAGGCCACUUUUGGAAACACAGUGGAUCAUCUUAAAAUUUGUUAAGGUUUUGUUGUCUUUAUAUUAGACACUUUCCUCUGGUGACAUGUCUACACCACAGGAUGAUGGUAGUAAAAAAAGCAUGGGGAUUUCCACCUAUUUAACUGUUCCCCUAUUUGUUGGGCUGCUUCUGUAUUUGAUAAACAAGAAGUUUGGAAAGACAAUCAAGAAUUGGUUGUUUGCUUUAUUUUGGAAUCGUGUAAUGAAAGAAUACCACUCAACAAUGAGAGACAUGAAAAAAACACAUUUUGACUCUAUGCUUGAGCACAAGUCUACAGAUGUUGAUCAGAGGAAAAAGUCUGUUUUGAGAGUUUUGGAAAUUGGAGCAGGCCCUGGGGCCAAUUUUGAGUUCUUUCCCAAAAAUUCUAAGCUUACGGUUGUUGAACCAAAUGCCUUUUUUGAGCCUAUGUUUUAUGAGAACCAACACAAGUAUCCUGACAUCAAAAUGGAAAAAUUCAUAGUCAGCAAUGCAGAAGACAUGAAAGAAGUUGAAGAUAACAGUAUUGACAUUGUUGUUUCCACUUUAGUUCUUUGCUCUGUUACUAGUGUUGAAAGGACCCUUUCGGAAGUUCAGCGCAUACUAGAGCCAGGUGGCAAAUUUUACUAUUGGGAACAUGUUCAUGAUAAGCCUGGAACUUGGCUCCACUGGGUCCAAAACUUACUUACACCUUUAUGGAGUUUCCUUUUUGAUGGCUGCAACCUGAAUCGCAGCAUUGAUCAAACUGUUGUCGGCUGCAAGGGCUUUUCACAUGUUGAGCAAAAGCGUUUCAAUGCCCCGCUGAAGAAAGGAAUUUCGGGUCUUAUUCGGGUUCACGUUAUGGGUCAAGCAACCAAAUAAACUCGCUGACAAUU